AUGGUGGUGUACACCGCCGCCAUCGCAGCAUCGGAGAAGGCUAACGACUGGCAGAUGGCCCUUUGCCUCCUCCAACGGAUGCUCCAAAGGCACCUGCGCCUGGACGUCUACACCUGCAGCGCUGCCAUCAGCGCCUGUGAAGCCCAGGGGCGCUGGCGGGAGGCCGUGCUGCUUCUCUCCUCCAUGUGCGGCUGGCGGAGCCAGCCGAACGUGGUCAGCUUCAGUGCCGCCCUCAGUGCGUGUGAAAAGGCUGGAAAGUGGGUGCUGGCUCUCAAAAUCCUCGAAGAAAUGCCCGAGAGCAGUGUGGCACCAAACACGAUCACCUACAAUGCCGUCCUUUCUGCCAUCGAGAAGUCCGGACAGUGGCAGUUGGCCUUCCAGCUGCUCCUUGACAUUCCGGAGGCGAAU